AUGCAGCUUAAAAAUAUUGAUAGACAAAACGGUUACUCCGUUGAACAGCAUAGCCCCUUCAAGGUUCAGCAAAAACCUUGGACUCCCACCAAAAGAAGGGGGCCCAUAGCCGGUGAGUGGCAGACACCAGGACCUGCAGACAUCACUUUACCUUCCACUUUCGGUCCCAAGCAAGCUGAUGCUACUAAGUCCAAACAACCAGCUUAUUCAUUUUCCGGCAAGCACGAGGAGAAAGUAAAAUUCGUUACGCCUGGACCGGGUAGUUACAACGUUUCUGGUGUCAGGAGAACUGGGAAGGAGAUUAAUCAGGGAGCAACUAUUUCAGGCCGUCACAAGGAGCCGGCGUCUUUCCAAACUCCUUCUCCUGGAGAGUAUACUCCAGAAAAAUGCGAGAAAACCGUGCUCAACAAAUCUCCAGCUUAUUCUUUUGGAGUGAAAGUGAAAGACGCCAAACCCGAUGAUAUUCCAGCACCCGCCUCUUACACAGACGGAGACAUGAAAUCUAGGCUAGAUUCAAGCCCUGGAUAUACUUUCGGUAUUAAAUAUAAAGAUCCAAAACCAGACGAAGUUCCAGCUCCAGGAGCUUAUGAUCCAGAAAAAAGCAUCAAAGUUAUUUUAGAGUCUACGCCUAAGUAUACUUUCGGUUUAAAACCGAAAGAGCCAAAGAUCGAAGAAUUACCAGCUCCUGGAGCAUAUGAAGCCGAAAAAAGUAUUAAAGUUGUAUUAGAUUCUACUCCUAAAUUUUCUUUUGGUUUAAAACCAAAGGAUCCAAAGAUCGAUGAUUUGCCAGCCCCGGGAGCGUACGAUCCCGAAAAGAGUAUCAAAACGGUAUUAGAUUCCACGCCACAGUAUUCCUUUGGGAUAAAGUACAAACAACCAAAGCCUGAGGAUAUACCAGCUCCUGGUGCAUAUGACCCUGAAAAAAGCAUCAAAACUGUGUUAGAUUCCACUCCAAAAUAUUCUUUUGGAGUGAAAUACAAGGAAUCAAAGCCUGAUGAUAACCCAGCUCCCGGUGCUUAUGAUCCGGAAAAGAGUAUAAAAUCGGUGUUAGAUUCAACUCCUAAAUAUUCCUUUGGUGUUAAACCCAAGGAUCCCAAACUCGAUGAUAUACCUGCACCAGGCACUUAUGAUGUAGAAAAGGUCGAAAAAACUGUCCAUCAGUCCUCUCCUGCCUUUUCAUUUGGCGUGAAACCUAAAGAUCAAAAAGCUGACGACAUUCCUGCCCCUGGUGCUUAUGACCCGGACAAGAGUGUCAAAACAGUACUAGACACUACGCCUAGUUAUUCUUUUGGUGUUAAGUAUAAAGAGCCUAAACUAGAUGACAUACCUGCUCCGGGCCAAUACGAUGUCGAGAAAGUAGAAAAAACUGUUCAACAGUCUUCCCCUGCGUAUUCUUUUGGGCUCAAAUACAAGGAUCAAAAACCAGAUAACAUCCCGGCCCCUGGCCAGUACGAAAUUGAAAGAGUGGAAUGGACUAUUCACCAAAACUCUCCAGCAUAUUCUUUUGGUAUCAAAUACAAAGAUCACAAAUCUGAUGAUAUCCCUGCACCCGGUCAGUACGAUGUCGAUAAAGUUGAAAGAAUUGUUCAUGAGAAAUCUCCAGCAUAUUCGUUUGGCUUGAAAUACAAAGAUCAGAAAUCUGAUGAUAUCCCUGCACCCGGUCAGUACGAUGUCGAUAAAGUUGAAAAAAUUGUUCAUGAGAAAUCUCCAGCAUAUUCCUUUGGUUUGAAAUACAAAGAUCAGAAAUCUGACGAUAUCCCUGCACCCGGUCAGUACGAUGUCGAUAAAGUUGAAAAAAUUGUCCAUGAGAAGUCUCCAGCAUAUUCUUUCGGCUUGAAGUACAAAGAUCAAAAACCCGAUGAUGUUCCUGCUCCUGGUCAGUAUGAUGUCGAGAAAGUUGAAAAAAGUGUUCAUGAGAAAUCUCCAGCGUACUCCUUUGGUUUGAAAUAUAAAGAUCAGAAACCUGAUAAUAUUCCUGCUCCGGGUCAGUACGAUGUCGAUAAAGUUGAAAAAAUUUUUCAUGAGAAGUCGCCGGCAUAUUCUUUCGGACUGAAGUACAAAGAUGAGAAACCUGAUGAUAUUCCUGCUCCUGGGCAGUACGAUGUGGAGAAUGUUGAAAAAAUUGUUCAUGAGAAGUCUCCAGCAUAUUCUUUCGGUUUGAAAUACAAAGAUCAGAAACCUGAUGAUAUUCCUGCCCCUGGUCAGUACGAUAUCGAGAAGGUAGAAAAUUUUGUUCAUGAAAAGUCCCCAGCAUAUUCGUUUGGCUUGAAAUACAAAGAUUUAAAGCCAGAUGAUAUUCCUGCUCCCGGUCAUUAUGAUGUCGAGGAAAAUGUAAACGUUGUUCGUGAAAACUCUCCAGCAUAUUCUUUUGGGUUGAAAUAUAAAGAAGAGAAACCUGAUGAUGUUCCUGCACCUGGUCAGUACGAUGUCGAGAAAGUUGAAACACUUGUUCACGAAAGGUCUGCAGCGUAUUCUUUUGGCUUGAAAUACAAAGAAAUAAAACCAGACGAUAUUCCUGGCCCUGGUCAGUACGAUGUCGAGAAAGUUGAAAAGCAUGUUCAUGAAAAUUCUCCAGCAUAUUCUUUUGGUUUGAAACACAAAGAUCAGAAAGUUGAUGAUAUUCCUGCUCCUGGUCAGUACGAUAUUGAGAAAGUUGAGAAUUUGGUUCAUGAAAAAUCUCCAGCCUAUUCUUUUGGCAUAAAAUACAAAGAUCAGAAAUCUGAUGAUAUUCCUGCACCUGGUCAGUACGAUGUCGAGAAAGUUGAAACACUUGUUCACGAAAGGUCUGCAGCGUAUUCUUUUGGCUUGAAAUACAAAGAAAUAAAACCAGACGAUAUUCCUGGCCCUGGUCAGUACGAUGUCGAGAAAGUUGAAAAGCAUGUUCAUGAAAAUUCUCCAGCAUAUUCUUUUGGUUUGAAACACAAAGAUCAGAAAGUUGAUGAUAUUCCUGCUCCUGGUCAAUACGAUAUUGAGAAAGUUGAGAAUUUGGUUCAUGAAAAAUCUCCAGCCUAUUCUUUUGGCAUAAAAUACAAAGAUCAGAAAUCUGAUGAUAUUCCUGCACCUGGUCAGUACGAUGUCGAGAAAGUUGAAACACUUGUUCACGAAAGGUCUGCAGCGUAUUCUUUUGGCUUGAAAUACAAAGAAAUAAAACCAGACGAUAUUCCUGCUCCUGGUCAGUACGAUAUUGAGAAAGUUGAGAAUUUGGUUCAUGAAAAAUCUCCAGCCUAUUCUUUUGGCAUAAAAUACAAAGAUCAGAAAUCUGAUGAUAUUCCUGCACCUGGUCAGUACGAUGUCGAGAAAGUUGAAACACUUGUUCACGAAAGGUCUGCAGCGUAUUCUUUUGGCUUGAAAUACAAAGAAAUAAAACCAGACGAUAUUCCUGGCCCUGGUCAGUACGAUGUCGAGAAAGUUGAAAAGCAUGUUCAUGAAAAUUCUCCAGCAUAUUCUUUUGGUUUGAAACAUAAAGAUCAGAAAGUUGAUGAUAUUCCUGCACCUGGUCAGUACGAUGUCGAGAAAGUUGAAACACUUGUUCACGAAAGGUCUGCAGCGUAUUCUUUUGGCUUGAAAUACAAAGAAAUAAAACCAGACGAUAUUCCUGGCCCUGGUCAGUACGAUGUCGAGAAAGUUGAAAAGCAUGUUCAUGAAAAUUCUCCAGCAUAUUCUUUUGGUUUGAAACACAAAGAUCAGAAAGUUGAUGAUAUUCCUGCUCCUGGUCAGUACGAUAUUGAGAAAGUUGAGAAUUUGGUUCAUGAAAAAUCUCCAGCCUAUUCUUUUGGCAUAAAAUACAAAGAUCAGAAAUCUGAUGAUAUUCCUGCACCUGGACAAUACGAUGUCGAGAAAGUUGAAACACUUAUUCACGAAAGGUCUGCAGCUUAUUCUUUUGGCUUGAAAUACAAAGAAAUAGAACCAGACGAUAUUCCUGGCCCUGAUCAGUACGAUAUCGAGAAAGUUGAAAAGCAUGUUCAUGAAAAUUCUCCAGCAUAUUCUUUUGGUUUAAAACACAAAGAUCAGAAAGUUGAUGAUAUUCCUGCCCCUGGUCAGUAUGAUGUUGAGAAAGUUGAAAAAAUUGUUCAUGAAAAUUCUCCAGCAUUUUCUUUCGGUCUGAAGUACAAGGAUUUUAAGCCAGAUGAUAUUCCUGCUCCUGGCCAAUAUGAUGUUGAGAAAGUAGAAAAAACUGUCCUUCAAACUUCACCUGCAUUUUCUUUUGGCGUCAAGUACAAGGAUCAAAAGCCUGAUGACAUUCCUGCUCCGAAUUCUUACCACAUUCCAGAAACUAUUGGAGGUCAUGACAGCACUCACUAUCAGGCUCCCAGUUUUACUAUAGGAGGCAAGGAAGGAGACAUUUGGACUACCAAUAAGAAUCCUGGUCCUGGCAGCUAUAAUGUUCCUGAAGCCGAUAAAGUCAAGCAAAAGUCUCCAGCUUACAGUCUGAGCCAUCGAACCAAUAUACCUAAAGACAAGAGCAAAAAACCUGGUCCAGGAGCCCAUUGUCCCGAAAAGGUGGUAAUGCAGCAUAGUCCUGCAUUCUCAUUUGGUAUUCGGCAUUCUCCUUUUGCCCACCAGUACAAGAAAGAUGUCUCUGUCAGAAAUACAAAUAGGACAGUUGUUGAAAAGAUCGCCACAAAGUCUGAUAGAUAUGUCAACAAGAAACGGUGAAUUCCAAUAUUUGGGCCGAAGACAACACAGUUUUUGUGUCCAAGCAAAUUAGAAAAGUCUGAAAGUGAGAGAUAUGAGACACCCUAAAAUGAUAUUCGAUACUUUAUAAAUUAAAAGUGAUAAAAGUGAAAAUAAAUAAAACUGCCAUAUUUUAAAUCCUUCUUAAUUUAUACACUAUAGUUUUUUAAUACAAAUAGUUCCAUGUUAUGGCUUCCAGUCAAUAUUUUCCUUCUGAAUGUAAAUAAAUAACAUAAGGCGUAUGAUUUAUUUUAUAGCUUUAUGUUGCUUUUUAUGUAUUGUGUUUGACAUAUAGCAUAUUCUUAUAAAUUUGCGUCGAAUAAAAUAUACAUGCUAAUAAAGUUGAAAUGUUAUUUUUUAUUUUUUACGUUAUGUGGGCAGAUACUCUAUGUAGUGUACAUAGUACAUUUUCCCCCAUGGAACUGAAAAUUGCAAUUUUUAAAAUGAUAAUGCUGAAAGUUAUUUAAUAAUUAAUUGAAAUUUUUCCUUCGCAGAUUAAACACCUUUAAAGUAUACUUUUUAAAUAUUGAAAAAUCAAAGAUUAAUAUGGAUUUUCGAAGAGAUUGGAAGCCACUGGUCAUAUUAUUAAAAUUGAGAUCAUAAUUUGUGAUAUUUUAGUUCCUUUAUUUUAUAAGUAUCUUUUUAUUAAAAUAUUUUAAUAUUUGAGUUUUCACUCACGAAGUUCUUAAGAAAUUGUGAUAAAUCCACUAGAUUUUGUGUGCAUUAUUUGGCAUCAAUUAAGGAUCGCAAACUUUUAUACCGUUUCCACCCUGUUAUUCCGACAGAUGGGUAAAUGAAUUAAAAAAUACUUUUUUUUUCUAAUAUUUUGUGCAAGUGUGUGAAAAUGAUAAUAUAGGGAUAUGACUAACUUAAAUGCUAAGGACUAAUGCAAUUAGUGCUUCAUGUGUAAGAUUAAACUCGCUUUCUACUAACAUUUGAAUGCGUGGAGAUCGAUACCCGUGAAUCAUGGAUAAAGACAUUUGUUAUCAUUUUCAUUGUAUUUUGAUAUGUUAAUAGCUUUAGAUUUGAUGUAAAUUGCUAAAUAAAGAAUUACAUUUUUUAAAAAAUGA